UUUGCUAGUGUUGAUCGCUAGAUGGUGCAAGAGGCGGCGGUGUCGCGUUCACACACACACGCACACGCGCACGCGCGCACACACACGCGCACACACACACACACACACACACACUGCAUCCAAAACAAAGCUGGUGGAGAACGAAGAGCACGGAGCAGGCGCUACAGUGAUAUCUCGGGAGAGGAAAAAGCAGGAUUAAUUUAUUUUGAAGCAUUACUGGCGUUGUUGUGUGUGUGUGAGUGUGUGUGAGUGUGUUUGCGGUGCAGUGGUGAGCACUCAGCCCGCGGUGAUGGACAUUAUGAGUGCGGUGCAGGAUGCGUGUGUCUCCGGUCAGUGGCUCACCGCGAUCAUACUCAGUCUGUGCUGCUUUUUACCUUCGUGCUUGCCUGCUGGACAAACUGUGGACUAUGCCUCGAGUGAGAGUGUGGUGAGCAGGCAAGGAGACACGGCACUGCUCAGGUGCUACCUGUUGGAUGGGAUCUCGAAAGGGGCGUGGUUAAACCGCUCCAGUAUCAUAUUCGCAGGAAACGAUAAGUGGUCAGUGGAUCCUCGCGUAUCCAUCGUAUCGAACACUGGCAACAAACAUGAGUACAGUCUACAGAUACAGAAAGUGGACGUCACAGACGAAGGCUUCUACACCUGCUCGAUACAGAGCGAGCGCAACCCGCGGCCUAAACUCAUCCAGUUAAUCGUCAAAGUUCCACCAAAAAUAUAUGACAUCUCGUCGGACAUCACGGUGAACGAAGGCGGCGAUAUUUCACUCUUCUGUUUAGCCAGUGGGAAACCAGAGCCGAAGAUCACCUGGAGACACAUCAGCCCUUCAGCCAGGAAGUUUGAGAGCGGAGAGAAUCUGAACAUAAGUGGAAUAACUCGGGAUGCAGCGGGGGAUUAUGAAUGCGGCGCUGAGAACGAUAUUGCUUCUCCUGACACCAGGACUGUGAAAGUCACCGUCAACUUUCCACCUUCCAUCCAUGAGGCGAAGAGUAACGGGGUCCGGAUCGGCCACACGGCGCUGCUGAGGUGCGAGGCGGCCGCCGUCCCGACUCCGGUGUUCGAAUGGUACAAAGGGGAGAAGAGAAUCAGCAAGGGUCAAGCAGGCAUUGACAUCCAGAACGUGAGCGCCAGGUCCAUUCUGACAGUGAGUAACAUCACAGAGGAUCGCUAUGGCAACUACACCUGCGUGGCUUUCAAUAAACUGGGGACAGCCAACGCCAGCGUGUCUCUGAUCCCUCCUAACACAGCUCAGUACGGGACCACCGGAGGAGGAGAAGCUCUGCUGUCCUGUGGGUUCCUGGUGCUGGCUCUCAGCUCCCUGCUCUGUGUUUACUAGCGCUACGUACAGCCAUACGCACUGAACUGGACUGAACCAUUCACACGGCUCAUUUCCGGAUCCGAUCUGGCAACGCGUUUGCUUUUUUUUUGUUUGUUUGUUUGUUCGUUUCAUUUUUUUUGUUGUUUUUGCGAAAAGAGAGAUAUUUUAAUCAGUACUUUUCAGAUGGUGGUUUUUAUGUUCUGUUUAUGGAAUUUCUCAUCAUGUAAAUAUGUACGGUUUACAUUAUUUCUUCUACCCCACCCCUCUCCCUUCCCCCUUCGCUUAGUUUCUUUUCUUUUCUUUUCUUUUCUUUUUGAUUGCCCACUUUGUGAAUCAGCACCAUUGUGCUCUUUUUGGAAAGCUUCAGAAUUAGCCGUGUCUCUCUGAGGGGAGCGGGGGAUGGGGAGUCACUGUACGAGGUGAAGGGAAGGGGGAGGGGUCGUGCUAAUAGUGUGUGUUGUUGUUGUCGUGUUUCUGAGAGGACACCCUGAAGUGAGGGCUCUCGUACACACACUUCUCUCUACUCUUUCAGGUCAUAAUAUUUAGCCGGCUAAUUCGAAACCACUCAGAUUUGCACAAUCAGAACAAUCAGGACGCGUCGAGAAGGGAAACGUUUCUGCGAACCGCUGUAACACGGACGACGGGCCGAACGCCGAUAUUCCAGAAUCUCACUGAUAAAUGCGUGGACCAAAAUGACAGCCAUAAUUCAGUGAUUUUUAGCAUGUUAUGCUAACAUUUUAAACAUAAUCAGCUUGCCUACUCUGCCAUAAUAAUUAGCAAAUAAACGCUCAGAUAAAUAUUUACCUUGACAUUGGUUUCCCAAAUAUGUGACAAAAUUUCAGCUGUUUAAUUGUUAUUUUAUUGACUUUAUUUUAAUAUCAUUUUAAAAAGACGAGCAAUCUAACAACAAAAAUAAUGAUUUGAAAUAUCGAAUUGUUUUCAUUUUGUUUUUGUUUUUUUUGUUUUUUUUAAGUAGAUACUAAAAUAACUACAUACAGUACAUUUAAGAGGCAACAGAUUUAUAACAAUGAUAUAAUAAGAUUAAGUUUACAGCUCAAUAAUAAAUUCUAAAUUACAUUAAUUUCAUUUAGUUUUCUUUUACUGAAGGGAAUCGAAUCAGAUAAAUAUGAAUAUAAACCGAUUUGUAGAUUUUAUUUCUAAUUUUAAGUUCGUUAAAAAGCAAAACGAUUUCUAAAAAUUGGUUUUGUUAUAUUCAUAAUGUGUUUAUUUUUUUUUUUUGCAGAAUCAUUUAACGAUUCAUGAAUAUUAAUUCAUAUUCAAUAAAUCGGUAUUUGAUCGUGAAUUUAACUCGAUUCCCAAAAUCUAUAUAAAAAAAAAACAAUGCUUGAUUUUUUUUUUUUUAUUUGUCAGAUCUGAAAUUUACUACAGACAGAAAUGAUUAUGAAAUUCUAUUCUUUGCUUCUGGGAGCCACAGACCAUGGAAAUAAAACCAAUGCGAGAUGUAUUUAACUGCAUAAUGUGAGUUUAAUGUAUGUAUAAAAUCAAUUUUAUGCACUAUGUCGAAUUUAACUGGUGUUAAACAAAUUUACAUUACAGUGUGAACCCGUGAUUAGCGGUUGAUUUGAUUACCCUUCAAAAUGAUCAUGAUGGAUUUCUCUAAAAAAAAAAUAAUAAUAAGUCUUUUUUACGUUUAUUUACAAUAUGGGUGUUUUUUUUUGUUGGUUUUUUUGUUUGUUUGUUUUUUUUUUGUUGGUUUUUUGUUUUUUGGCAAAAUGUGUCUCAACAGAAAAGAAAACCUGUGUCGAUUUUUCUCAGUUUUAUUUCACUGUAUGUUUCUUUGUUGUUGUUGACGAUGAUGGAAAUCGUCUGUUACCUUUCACUUUUACCAGAUUCAGUUCUAUUUUAUUUUUUUAAUUAUUGUUCUGAUGAGUUGUACAGGAUUUUGAUAAUGUUUUAAUGCAUCACAUGACGUACUCCCUGCUUUUGCUUUAGUCGGUUUUUGUACGUGAAUUUGUUUUUGAAACGGGGGAAGUGGGGGGGGGUGAUAGCAGACGGUGCGAUAUACGAUAUUUGAGAUAUUAUAUGAUAUGAAGAGUGGAUCUAAAUGUCACUGGUUAUCAUUUAAAAAAGAAAGUAUGCAGUAUGGCAUAGUUUACAAUGUCGUCUUUCAGUUUAGAUGCCAUAUCUGUCGUUAAAACUUCUUACGGAACAAAUAGACUCAAGAAAAAAAAACAACAAAGGAGCAGUUUGUAAUGAAAAACAUUAACUUUUUAACUCAGAGGGUGUGAACACAGUUAUACGAUAUCAUAGAAGCUAAGUCGUGUGUGUGUUUGGAGAAAGUAGAACUAAUUUUAUAUUCUCGGUAGAGCCUUGUGUCUAGGUUUAGUUUGACUUCUACCCUAGAUCUCACACACGUUAUGUAUUUUCCGAUGUGCAGAAAUUAUGAUUGUGCUGCAUGUCACAUGUAUGUUAAGGUGGCCAAUGACCAUAAACCGAUACCUUUUGAGUACAAAACCAGUUUCAAGACUGUUUUGACUCAUUUUUACUCACCGGAGAACCAUCACACAAACGAUCCAGCGAACAAAACAUCACAAGAUUCUUUUUUUCAACAUUUUUAUUUGUUUAGCUCUUCAACGUUCUGUUUUUUUUUUUAUUUUUUUUUUUGUUUUUUUUUACAGUUUUCUGAAUCCUGAUCCUGAAUUCUGAAAAUAGCUUAAAUAUGGCCUAAUGUAUCUAAUAUUUCUAAUCAGGAGAUUAUUAUAAAUCAAAUCUAAGAUUAUUCAGCUAGAUUUUGAUGCUGUACUCAUUUCAAGCCUAACAAAUAUCUAAAAAAAAAAAAAAGUUUAAUCCUUUCUAUAGCGUCUUUUUCCCCCACAUGCUAAGAUAUCAUUGUUUUGGUGUUUACUUACAGAGCAAGAUUAGCAACAUUUCUGCACUAUAAAAUUGUAUCAAACAGGAAAUAUCUUAAAUAUAGCAGAAUUUGGCGAAUAUUUAUCAUUGUUAUAUCGUGAUAAUAAAAAAAAAAACAUAUAAUUGCCUUAAAAUGAUUCGAAAAAUUAUUUGUAAUUUUAAAAAUUUGAGCUGUAACGUUCUACUGUAUUGGUAGAUGAUGUUGGUUCCUUCUAAACAAAAUACAAUUCAUAGAUUUAAAAUUAAGGUUUAAAAAUCAUGUUUAAUAAUUUGUUCAUUUUAACAUAAGGUUAUAACGGUCAUAAUUUUUAUUAUAUUUAAGAUUUUUCGAUUUGAAUUUUUUGCAGUGUGAUUCAGAUGAAUUCGAGUUUACGGUCCAAAUGUAGGUCAAAGGUUAUCGUGAGUUUCCGUUAAACAAAUAAAUGAAACUUUGACGUUACACUUUAAUUCCCAGAAAGCAAAAAUGCGAGCAUUAAAAUUUUAAAAAUCAGGUAAAUUAUAAAACUGCAUACAGGACCUGCAUUUGACUGAUGAUUUGUAACUGCACUGUUAUUAUUAUAUCAGUGACAAUUCAACUUUUUUUGUGAACCAUCAUAAUCACUUUCCGGGCUCACGCCUGUCUAUAAGCACAUGUUAUAACACCAUUUGCAGGUUUAUUCCAAAUAUUUCACCUAUUCACUUUAUUUAUGCUCUUUACAAUUUUUCUUGUGAUAAUAUCCUGACCUUAGCCUAAAUUUUUAGCAUGGGAUAAAAUCUUUUUAUCUAAGGCUAAAUCGUAAAAAAAAAAAAAAAAAAACUAACAAAACAAAAAGCUAAAACAUUCGUAAAGAUUUUGUUUUUUCCCCCCAAGUCAAAGAUUUUAUCCCAAGAUUGAAAUUCCAGCCCAUGUCAAAGAUUUUAAUCAGAAUUAAAAAGAUUUAGAUAUUAAAUCAAGAUAAAGAUUUUAGCCCCAGUUAAAGAUUUAUAUUUACGCCCAGGAUAAAGUCUUUACCACCGGCUAGAACUCUUUUAAUUAAUGUUGAAAUCUUAAAAUUCUGGACUGAAAAUGUUUAACUCAAGUAUAUUUAUGUACAAUAUAAACCUUUAACCUUAGCUAAAUUGUUUUGGGUUUGGAAAACGAUUUAACUAAAAUUUAAAAAGUAACUCGGUUCAUUCUAAAGCCUUUAUCAUUUGCUGAUAUUUUGCACUCAAUAUAAAAUACAAAAUCUUACACUUGGAAAAAAACGAUUUAACUUGAAAUAAAAAAAAAAAGUUUCUCUUUGGCUAAGGUCUUCAUCACAGGCUAAAAUCUUUAAUUCUGACUCAUUCACCAACAUUCACAAUGUGGAUUUCAUCAUCACCCGACAGCCAAUUUGGGGAAUAAGUACUGUAUAAAAAUGUGCCUUUAAAGUAUUAAGCGAGCUCGUAUAAAAUCCUCACGUGUUAUCAAGCUGCAGGUAAAAUAAGGUCAUAAACGUCAUUGUGCGGUUUGAAGCGUAAGCCUCUGUGUGCAGUAUUUAUGUCACGAGACGACUCCAGAUUAAUCCAUCAUAAAUAGAUCAUGAAGCGAUUUUGGCACAAACUCGUUUUUCCAUAAAUAUUCAGAGACGGAGAUCGAUGCAGACUUCAUUAAGGUUGCCUGAGUGGAUCUCGAGUUAAGAUAAAACAGCAGAACGGUCAGGAGGUUCUCAUGCAUGCGGAAUUAUAUAUAUAAAUAUAUAUGAAAAAAAAGUUACAGCUUUUUUUACACACACAAAAAAAAACAGUAUGUAAAUAACAAAUGCUGCAACUUUACGGCAUCUAACGACUCGAUAAUUACAAUUUCACACAGAGUCCAAGUUUUUUUUUUUUUGCUCUCAAUUCCUCAGACGGUUUACGAUGUUCCCGUCUCCGGUCUGAGACGAGGACGAAGAUACAAAGGAAGUAAUGAAUAGUUGCUGUUUUUAAAAGCACUUCUAUGCUGAAAACAAUUCAGCACUUUCCCGGAGUUUACUCGUUAGGAAACGAAAGCCUUAGCUGUGUUUAGUACCUGCGGUAUGUUAUAACGACGCAUUAUGUACAGUGUCUCAUUGUGAUGAUUGCAGCUUUCCUGCUAGACAUAUCAUAUCUUCAGAAAAAAGAAAAAAACAAAAAAAAACAAAGUGAUAUAACUAAAAUUUAUAAUGUUAGUAAGUUACAUAAAAUGAGUUGGUUACGAGCGGACAUGAGGAACUGACACGACUUAACCAUAAACCGUUAUAAAUGGCUAUAACUAAAACCGAUGGAAGCAAUCGUUUUAUUUCAUAGUUCCACUUAGUUAGCGCUUUAUAACUAGUGCCGAGACUCGGAACAGAUGAGAUACACAAAAACACACCUAUCAUUAUGUUUUGGGUAAAUAAAAUAGAAAUUCUACCUAAUUCUUAUUAAACAUUUCCCGUACUGUAGCUAGUCUCUGGUCUGAUUAGCUACAAGACGUCAAUUUUUUUCUUUUCUUUUUUUUAACUCUCCAUCAUCUAAUAGAGAUCCCCAGAUUGUAAUAUCUGUUGAUUUUGGCUUGUUUUUUUUUUUUUUUUUUUUUUUUUUUUUUAGUAAGAGGUGUUUUCUUACUAGAGAGGCCACCAAAUAGCACCUUCUUAAUAAGUUAAUUCCCCUGAGGUCUUCUGUGGUUGGGAGGAAGCUUGAGUUCCUGUGGAGGAACCUUUAAAGACACGUCUCAAUCUGAGAGGCUUUCAAGCAUUAUUAAGCUGGGAGUGCUUCACUUUCUGGAAUAAUCCAUUAAGAACCGUUUGUCUGUAAGUGUAGUGUGUACUAUAGACCGGUGGGUAUGAUGUAGAGCCACCAGAGUCGGUGUACAUCUGAACUUCGAUAUACACCACUUUUCUAACCUCUUUUCUUCACCCUUCCUUAUCGACUCUACUCCAGAACUUUUCCGAGUACCGAGUUCAGUCUUCUGAAGUAUUAGGACGACCAGUUAACACCACCUGUCUCAGGAGAACUGAGUUUUUCAGUGUUUCACAGUGCAGAUUUAACACCUCGGUCACCUGUAGCUCACCUCUCAACCCCUGGCAGCUUUCAAAAAAGGUCUUAUUAUUUUUUAGAGUGGUGUGUCUGUGAGCAGGAAGGGGAUGAAUCGUUUGACCCAGCGGUUAAUAAAGUCCUUCCUGUGCCUUUGUUAGAUUUUGAUGGUGGGAUUUUACGGAGUGCUGCAGGGAGGCUGCCUUCACCGACCACGAGCAUUCAUUCUCCCAGCAGCACUCCGACUGAAUCUGGUGAAUCACAGAAAAAAAUCCCACUCCACUAGCGCAGGUUAAACCGCUGUCCUUUUUCAAACGCCCACCAUGACGUUUAGUUCUAAUCAUCUCCACUGAGCAGCGAACAAAAUCCAUCCAAGUGGGGGAAUAAAUGUCAUUCUCAUGUAGGCUUGAUAUAUAAAGUAGUUGGCAAAUAUACACGAAAUGCACGAGUCCUAAAAGUCUUUAUUUGAACUCUAACGCCGUCGACGUGAUCGACACACCACUCCUUUUUCUCAGUGAGCUGGAAAAUAAGUUAUCCGGGUGGCGAGAAAGCGUUCUCGAUAGUGCGAUAUGUAUUUAUACGGAGUGAUCUGAUCCUGAGCGCCGCGUGAAUCGAUGAGGCCGAGACGUUUAAGGGAAAAGUACAGGAUAAAUUGGUGGUUUAAAAGGACAGUUCAGGGUUCUACUAAAGUGGAUGUGUCUGUAACUUGAGUAGCGCUCGGAGUCUCGUCAAGUGCUCUAUUUUACGACGGUCUUAGCCGGAUGGGAUCGGGAACGUGCCUGGAUGCAUUAAACACUUGGAUGUGAAACACUUCCUGAUGAUGAAGCACUAACUCUUAUCUCUAGAUUUAAUUAUAUUAGAGAACUGAGUCUUAUCUGUACGUUUGUUUUUUUUUUAAAACAUCAGCCAAAUUACUGUUCUUUUAUUUCACACAUUUUUUAUCCUUCCUUUAAGUUUGUACGCAUUUCUCUUUCCGAAGGAGUUUUAAUCCAAAACUAACCAAAAUGUAUCCGCUUCAGCUCACAUAUUUAUAUCUUGUUUCUUCCAAACGCUUGUAUCUCGUCAACCUUCAAGCUGAAAUGAUUAAACUCUCAUUUACUCCUGAGCUUUUCAUACAUUAUUCCUCUUUCCCCUGGUUUUCUUCUCCCCCCUUUCAUCUUAUUCCACACUCUUUUCUUUUGAGAUUUCUAUAGUUGAGGGGGAAUCUUAAGCUUGUUCCAGGAAGCUGAUAACUCUCCAGAAGAACCUGUGAGGAACCCUUUGUCCCCAAGUGUGUAUAGAUUGUUGGGUAUCGAAUCCCUCCAUCAUCUAAAAGAAAAGCACUGAUUUUGAUAUGCAUUGAGUCCACAGCUUGUUUCUCUAGAGGAUCUCUUUAAAGUGCUCUUCUCUUACGAUCCCUGUGAAUAGAUAAGACCCCUUAACUCUCCGAAGAACCUCGGAGGAACAGUUUUAUUCCUGACAGGGUAGAGAUACAGUAUCUGGGUGAGGUCUAGAGCCAAUAAAGUUGGUGCACAUAUUAAGACCAUCAAAUAUUUUCGAUUUAUUCAAACCACUAUGACUCUACAUUCGAGAUACCACUUAUAAUAUAUUUCCUACCAGAGAAGCUUCUAAUCGGAACCCUGGUAAGAAGCCGAGAUCCGCGAGUUCUUCAGAAGAACAUCUUCUGUACAGUAUGUGAAUCCGUUCUUUUUUCUUCUUCAUCAUUCAGUAGAAAAAAAAGGUUAAAUCUGAAACCCAUGAGAAUUCUUUCAGUUGUUCUCUGGAGGAACCUGUAGACUAGAGAGAACGCUACAGACAAUAUAACCAACCAAGUAGGAACCCUGAUGAUUCCAGAAAUAGCAAAAUAAUGACCUCAACCCAUAAAAUGUGCAUUAUAGAACUCACCAAUGGUUUUUUUUAUCAUUCCUUUCAUCCUGUCAUUAUUCUAUAGAAAUAUAUUACUGUUUUCAUUUCAUUUCAGACGUUAAGUUUCAGGUGUUAAGUCUGUGCAUCGAUCUCACCAUGACGCACAUUCUGUCAUUCCCUCGUUCCUCACUUCUCAUAGGAACUCAGUGAAUAUGACAGGCUUUACUUUUUAAACCAUCAUGUGGGGAGAAAGAUCAAGGACUUCACACAGACCUCUGGACUGACAUGGACUCAUCUCACCCCGAUAGCAUGUAAAUCAUUAGAACACAAACAUUUAUCCAACUACAUUCAACACCUUUGGUUAAAAUAUAUUGUUUUCUGUUCUUCUGAUAGCACAAUGAUAAUAAAAAGCUGUGUGAUAUUCAGGCUAAAAAUCCUCCUGUUCUUCACGUCAAUGUCCAUAUCCGUGUUCCCGAGCGUCGACAAGCUGACUUUAAUUAUAGUUUAAUUUUGUACGAAAAAAAAAAACAAUCGAAAUCCCUGAUUAAGGUGGUGAAAGGAAAGAAAGGACACAUAUCGGGGGGGUCUGGUAUUAUUUCUUUUUUCUUUUUUUUCUUUCGAUUUGUUUUCCAAAUCAUUAUAUGCUGAAAAAUUCUGUGAUGAGAAAUUUGAAAUGGUCAUCUUAAUGUUUAUGGAGGUUCUUUAGCCACCACGGAUAAUAGUUGUAUAUUUAUAGGCUCUAGAUCACUGGAAUGACAUAUAUGGCUUUAAGUGGCAUUGAUAUAUAUUGAUAUUUGUCAAGAACAAAAAAAAAAGAGAAAUCGUAUACCUUAAUUACUUUAAAAGUUUACAUUGUGGAUAGCACGUAUGCAAUUUCAUUUUCAUCCUGUUUGAUGUAAUUUUGUAGCAGUGGUUUGAUACUAAUAAAUGGAAGAUGAUGGAACUGG